GUCCGCUCCGACCCGCUAGCGAUCUCGGCUCCCGCUUCCAGCCUUCGAAGGGUAAAAACAGGAGUCAAGGGAUGGAGGCCCGGAGGAGUUUUAGAGGGCAGGACCACGCUCGGUGGGAAGCGGAUUGGCCGGAUGAGCGGGGCCGCUACGAGGAAGACCCUUGGGAGCCAUCAAGACCUCGAGGCCAGGUAGAGGAGCCCGAUCCCUCGUGGUACAAACCAUACGAUCCGGCCACCGAUGGACGUAUGGAAGACCCUUAUUUUCGUCGAUAUGACGACCGACGGGUGCCCUAUUAUGACGUCAACCUGGGUCAGGAGGCGCUUUUUUUCGAUGGACGAGAUGUGACUGGGUUCAUGGAAAAGUGGGAAAGCUACGCUUACCGCAAGAGAUUCUCCGAGAGGAAGUGGAUCGAUUAUUUCACCCAACACUCAGACCCCGAGCUAGACACCGCGAUCCGAGCUAUCUACCCUUCAGACGGACGAUGGAGGACCUUUCGGGCAAGCUUAUUGCAGACUUUCGCCUGUGAUGACCUGAUCCCGACCGUGGAGGGCUUGAGACGUAUUACAAGGGGGGAAAGGGAGAGCUUGGUGGCCUUUAUCCGUAGGUUCAAGCGUCUAUCCCAAGCCCUAGUGGAUAGGGGCAUGCUGUCGGAAGUAGACAGGUGCGUAAUGUUCAUGCUGCAUCUGCCUGAAGAAAAGAGGAAGGAGGUCCUUGAGAAGGCCCCGAGGGAUUCUGCAAAUUUCGAGAAAGUAGCCGAGGUGGUUUUCACAGGUGGAGGGGUAGACGUAAGAGAAUACAUGAAAGAGACCUUGGACAUGGCUCUCCGCAACAUGCGAGGGACACGGAAUGAUGGUCCGAGGGGGAACGAUAAACCGCCACCUUGUCCCCCUAUUCCCCGGUGGGGUGAACGGCCGACCGGAUGGAGAAACGAAUCAAGUGGCCAAGGAGGUUGGAGGAACGACCGGGAGAUGGGAGGGAAUCGUGGUUCCGAUUGGGGAAGUUUCCAUUGGAAGGAUGCUAGGGAUGAAAGGUGGGGAGACGCCCCUCAAGCUAGGGCCCCUGGGCUGCGACCGGAGUGCACCCUUUUAGAAUAUCUAGCCGCGAGCAAAAGUGCCAUGGAGGAACUCCUAAGCAUUACUAGGAAGGUUAGAGUCCCGAUCAUUGGGGGACCCACGGUACCGGUGGAAGCCCAGGCCAAGGAAGGAGUGCAGACUUCCCGCAUUACCCUGGAGGAACUACCGGCCAACUUCUUCUCGGGGGAAGAGACCAAGAAGUUCUAUGUGCUAGGUAGCGGCCAGCUCCAGGCGGUAGUAAGUGGGAAAAAGAUGAGGGCUCUAGUAGACAAUGGGUCCAAGUCUACGGUAUGUAGGGACUCCAUCGCUCGAGAGUUGGGCUUGGAGAUAGAUCGAGGGGUGGCGAUGUCGAUGGUGGUGUCAGACAACAAGCUGCAACCGGCAAAAGGAGUGUGUCAUAGUCCCAUGAUUGAGGUAGCGGGUGUAGAGGUCACGGUUCCGAUCUUUUCGGUGAAAGAAUGCUCUUCCAAAUUGAUCCUCGGAAGGACCUGGCUGAGCGCGGUACACGCAACCACAGUUGAUUUGCCGGAUGGAAGUCAAACUCUCUCGAUCCAAAGUCCUGAUGGAAUCCGAGUGGUCCUAAAGACCGUAGACGCGCAAGAUGAACGUAACCGGACCAGCCUUACUAAGCGCAAGGGGGCCCAGUCGAGGGAGCGUCGAGUCCGUCUAGAGGAAGUGCCCCUGACAGAUAGGGGACCCAAGGGGGACCAAUUAGAGAUUGAGGACGUGGGGGAUAGGAUUGUGAUUAACGGUAUGGGGUACGAGAAGGAGGACGAGGAGGAGGAGUUCGGUGGGUUUCAGUUUGUCUUUUUUGGAGGGAUCCCCCUAGCCGGUGGAGUUAAGAAGCACAAAACCGUGGCGGAGAAAGUAAAACCCGCCGCGGUCAGCCGGGAUAGAACGGGGGAAGUUACGAUGUCGGAAGAGGAGAUAGCCGAUAUCAUCAGGACGAGGAAAGAGACGGAGGGGCAAAGGAUAACGGCCAAUAGACUGGCCAAAAUGGAUAUAGGAGAUGGGAAUCUCACGGAGGAAGAAAAAGAAUUCAUAGCAAUGACCUUAAGAGGCUGCGAUAAGGCUAUAGCCUUUGACGACUCGGAGAGAGGGAGAAUCGACCCAAGGUAUGUUAAGCCUGCCCGGAUCCACACGGUCCCGCACGUCCCUUGGAAGGAUAGGCCUCAAUGGAAAUAUGCUCAAAAGGAGAAAGAAGAGAUAGUGGCCUUCAUCAAGGAAAAGAUCAGGACAUUCGUCGCGGAGCCUUGCGAGAGUGCCUACUCCAAUGAGUGGUUCUUUUUAAGAAAGGGAGGUAGCAACAAACUAAGAUGGAUCCAGAACCUCCAGAGGACCAAUGCAGUCACUGUAAGAGACGUAGGGUCUAUACCUGAAGCCGACUUGCUAGCGGAAGGGUCAGCGGGUCGCUCAAUAUACUCUAUUUGCGAUCUCUUCUCAGGGUACGACGAGAUUCUCUUAGAUUACCGGGACAGGCACAUGACCGUCAUGCAUACACCCUUAGGGCUGGUUCAAAUGAUGGUGGUACCGAUGGGUUGGACAAAUGGGGUAGCCGUGUUCCAAAGGGCCAUGAUCGAGAUCCUCAAGGAAUUCAUACCGAAGAAGGUGGAGGUCUUCCAGGAUGAUUUCCCAAUAAAAGGGCCGGUCGAGCGGGAUGAGACAGAGGUUUUCCCUGGGGUUAGAAAGUUUGUGGCCGACCAGAUGAAAGAUGUCAGGGACAUCCUUGAGAAACCAGACGAUGCCAACCUCACGGUAAGUGGGACUAAGAGUCGUCGGGGCGUAUCCUCCAUCAAGAUAUUAGGGUUCAUUUGCGAUAAGGAGGGGCGGAGGCCCGACCCCGAGAAAUUAGUAAGGUUGAUGACUUGGCCAUCACCGCUAAAAUCCGUAACAGAGGUCCGACAGUUUCUAGGGGUUGUGGGCUAUUAGAGAAUCUUCAUAAAAGCCUAUGGGGGAAAAGUGGAACCCCUGAGAAGACUCCUCAGGAAAUCGGAAGGAUGUUUGGGGAGAAGAACAAACGGCGGCCAUAGAA